UGGAGCCGACCAAGCUACUAACUGUUCUGGUAUCAAGUUGGGGUUUAAGGUGUUGAUUACUUUAGAAGUGUGGGAGUAUAUUUGUUCAGGUAGUAGUUGAUUAUGGAUUUCUUCAAAGUUAGAAAGUUUAGGAAGGCUCACAAACCAGACCCAGAAAAUGAGUUAGAGGACAAUCCUGUGCCUGUGCCAGAGGAACCGAAGGAGAAUGGUGGUGAUGGAAAGGGCAAGGCAGUCAAUGUUGAUCCUAUAGCGGAAGCUGAUGACGACGACGAUGAUUUUAUAACAGAGGAAGUCAAGAGGAGAUUAAAAGAAUUGCGAAGGAAUAGCUUUAUGGUGCUGAUUCCGGAAGAAGAGUCAUGUGCUGAAGAGGAGGAAGAGGAAGAGCAGGGAGAGACGAGCUCCAAUGAGUGGAGAGAUGUAGAAGCAGAAGGUCGGCAAUGGUGGUGUGGCUUUGGUGCUGUAUAUGACAAGUACUGUGAGAGGAUGUUGUUCUUUGAACGGAUGAGCACACAACAGGUUAAGGAAAUUGGCAUCCAAACCCCUACAACUCCAUCACCAAGGUCUGCAUCUAAGAAGCUUUCCUCCCCUUUUCGCUGUCUUUCUCUGAAGAAAAUUGAAGAACCUAAUGACGAGACUGAGCAUCUUCAGCAGCCAGAGAUCGACCCUUAUCAUGAUAUUGAGACAUCAUACGUAGGUCAAGUUUGCUUGUCUUGGGAGGCACUGCAUUGUCAAUACACACAACUGAAUCAGCUAAUCUCAUGCCAACCUGAAAAUCCCACCUCCUACAACCACAGUGCUCAACAGUUCCAACAAUUCCAGGUUUUAUUACAAAGGUUUAUUGAAAAUGAACCUUUUGAAGAGGGUCUCAGGCCAGAAAUUUAUGCUCGCACGCAGAGAAUUCUGCCUCAACUUCUCCGGGUCCCUAACAUACAAGGGAAAGAUGAAGAAGAGGCAGAUUCCAUGAUUCUUGCCCCUGAUCUGAUCAAGAUUAUUGAAACCUCAAUCCUCACAUUUUUACUUUUCCUGAAGAUGGAUAAGAAAAAAACAAGUGCUGGUCUCAGCUUAUUUGGAAAUCAAAACCAUGCUACCCCACUUCAGCAGAUUCAAACUUCACUGGAUAAGAAAUCGAUGAAAUUAAAGGAACUUCGUAAGAAGAGGAAAAGUUGGAAGAAGUCAUGGCCGCAAGCACAAGAAGAUGUUCAGCUGUUGUUUAGCCUUGUUGAUGUAAAGGUUUUGUCAAGGGUACUCCGGAUGGGAAGAAUUAGUAAAGAGCAGCUAUUUUGGUGUGAGGAGAAGAUGAAAAAGCUAGAUUUGGUGGAUGGCAAGUUGUGGAGAGACCCCUCUCCCACCCUUUUCCCUUGUUAA